CAGCUCGGCGGGACCGGCGCUGCCAUGUCGGCGCGGUGCGCGCGCUGCGGCGCGCCGGCCGAGCAGCGAUGCGCCGGCUGCUCGGUGCCCUUCUACUGCGGCCGCCAGUGUCAGCGGGCCGACUGGAAGCAGCACCGGCCGCUGUGUCAGCCGCUGACGGUGCGCCAGGCGGCCGGCGUGGGCCGCUACACGGUGGCCGGCCGCGCGCUGGCCGCCGGGCAGCUGCUGCUGCGCGAGCUGCCGCUGGCCGCCGGCCCGCAGCUGGAGGCCGAGCCGCAGUGUCUGGGCUGCGGCGGCCUGCUGGCGGCCAGCGCGGCCUCCUGCGCGCGCUGCCGCUGGCCCGUCUGCGGCGACCGGUGCGCCGACAGCGCCGCGCACGCGGCCGAGUGUCAGGUGCUGGCGCGCGACACCGGCGACCGGCCGGCGGCCGGCACCGAGCCGUGCGCGCGCUACGACUGCAUCCUGCCGCUGCGGGUGCUGCUGCUGCGCGACCAGCCGCGCCUCUGGCAGAAGGUGGAGCAGCUCGAGUCGCACCUGGAGCAGCGCCGUGACACGGCCAUCUUCCGCGACAACCAGCGCCACGUGGUGGACUACCUGCGCGGCCGUUGCGGCGUCCAGGCCGACGAGCAGCUGCUGCACCGCAUCUGCGGCGUACUCGACGUCAACGCGUUCUCGGUGCGGCCGCGGCCCGGCGCCGGCCGGCGGCGCGGCCUCUUCGCGCGCGCCUCGCUGCUCAACCACGCGUGCGUCUCCAACACGCAGCUGAGUUUGGACGGCGACACGAUGCUGGUGCGCGCCGCGGUGCCGAUCGCCGCCGGAGACGAGGUCACCGCCUCGUACGUCAGUGCGAUGGAGCCGACGGCGCGCCGCCAGAACUUCCUCUGGCACGGCAAGUACUUCCGGUGCCAGUGUCGGCGCUGCGUGGACCCCACCGAGCUGGGCACGCACUACGGCAGCCACCGGUGCUCCGAGUGCGGCGGCAUGAUGGAGUCGCAGCAGCCGACGGACGCGGACGCGCCGUGGCGCUGCAGCGGCUGCUGUCGCGCCGAGCCGGCCGACCAGGUGCGCCAGCUCAACGCCCGCCUGCUGGCCGAGCGGCAGGCCAUCCCCGAGACGGCCGUACCGGCGCUGGAGGCGUUCCUGGCGCGACACGCCGCCUCCCCGCUGCACGACGCCAACUACCACGUGCUGGCCGUCAAGCAGGCGCUGGCGCAGGCCUACGGAAACGUGUCCGGCUUCCAGCUGGACGAGCUCUCCGAGGGCCGGCUGGUAGCCAAGGAGGCCUUCUGCCGGCAGCUGAUCGGGCUGGCGCAGACCUUCGAGCCGGGCCUGUGCCGGCUGCGCGGCCUGCUGCUGCUCCAGCUGCACCACGCGCAGGUGACGCGCGCGCAGCGGCGCCACGCGGCCGGCGCGCCGCCGCGGCAGCUGCUGGCCGCGCUAGAGGCGGCCGGUCAGCACGUGGAGGAGGCGGUCAGCGUGCUGGGCCACGAGCCGGCCUCGACGCCCGAGGGCGGCGCCAUGCUCCAGCUGGCCAGGGACACGCUGCAAGGCUGCUACGAGCUGGCCGAACUGGUGCGCGCCUCGCUGGCCAGGUGAGGGCGGGCCGAGUCCCGGGCCGCCCAGUGUCCGCUCAGAGGGAGUGCCGCUCGGAGGGAGUGUCUGCGGGGCGGGGGGCGGCUCGGAGCAGAGUACCCUGCUGACGGCCGGCAGGGUGGGACCGGUGAGCGCCAGAUCGGCGCCUCAGAUAGAUGGCAUCUGCCGACAGCCGCCGGUACGUGGUCGGACGGGGGCGGGCGUGGGCUGAGAGGUGGCCGCCCGCCGACUGACCGCCGAUGAUCAGAUUGCUGUGCCGUAUCGGGAGUGCCACGGUCCAGAGAGCUGCCCUGUCGGGCCGUCGGCAGAGUGUCCCAGCACCCACUGCCCACCUGGACGGCGUGACGCUGGGUGACCUGACAAUGGGCAGCAGUGCUGCAGUGCUGUUGACGUGUAUUACCCUAUCGAGUAUCGGCGGGCGGCACUGGCCCUGUCUGCUCCGGUGUAUUUCCGACCGCCAGUAGCACACAGCUUAGCCGAGUGCCCUGCCCCUGCUUGACUGUCCCACUGUCUGGCUGUCGGUUGUGUCCCGCUGUCCCACUGUCCCAUUGUCGACUGUCUGCCACUGUCCUGCUGUCACACUCUCCCACGGUCCGCUGUCUGACUGUCGGUUGUGUCCCACUGUUCACUGUCUGACUGUCGGUUGUGUCCCACUGUUCACUGUCUGACUGUCGGUUGUGUCCCACUAUUCACUGUCUGAGUGUAGGCCAUGUCCCACUGCCCCAUUGUCCCAAUGUCCGACUGUCGACUGUCUCCAACUGUCCUAACGUCCCACUGUCGACUGUAUCUCACUGUCCCGCUGUCACACUGUCCCAUUGUCGAGAGUGUCCCACUGUCCCACUGUCCCACUGUCCUGUGUGUCCCACUGUCCUGUGUGUCCCACUGUCCCACUGUCGACUGUAUCCCGCUGUCCCGCUGUCCCAUUGUCGACGGUGUUCCACUGUCCCACUAUCUGGCCGUCGACAGUGUCCCACCGUCUGGCUCUCGACGUUGUCCCACUGUCCCACUGUCCUGUGUGUCCCACUGUCCUGUGUGUCCCACUGUUCCGUGUGUCCCACUGCCGCGCCCGCUGAGCUCCCAGCGGUGCCGCUGACAGCAGUCGGAGGCGGGCCCGCCUAUCGUUACGCUGGAUUAUCCAGAUUUAGAGAGUGAUUUCAACGGGCCCGAGUGUGGUCGCUCUGCUCGAAUACUGCUGUGAAUAAAAGCCUGCCAAAUAGCUGGCAUAUGGUU